AUGGUAAAUGUGUUGAUAUCUUUGCCAGUUGCUCGAUCUGAUCAGCCGAUUUUCAGCCAUGCAAUCCCACUCGAGGAAGAUCCAAAUCACGUCAAAGGAUCAAGUGGUCGCUGUUGGCUCUUUGCUUUGGCAAAAUGUGACAACUUCGAAAAGGCAGCCUGGUUCCUCGAGCAAAUCGUCGAUACUGGGUAUGAAGAGUUGGGCAGCCAGAUUGCUCAGAACUUUUGUUGGGGAUGUAGGCGAACGAGCAGCGAUACCGGGCCUAUCAGUAAAUAUGGUCUUGUUCCCAAGGCCAAUUAUCCCUACAACUGGAACGCCAUGAACUCGAGUAUUCGAAACUCUGGUUUGAAGACAAAGUUACGCCAAAAAGCACUGACACUGCGCAGGCUAAUUACUGCGUAG